GUGGUGCUUGAGUCGAGAGAGUGUCGCUGUGGUCGGAAACGCCACGCUGCUCCCCGAACGAGGAUCGACCAAAAUCGCUUCUGACAUCAAGAUGACACCGGGACACGAAUUCUUGGUUAAACUCGAGACAGCUGAAGCUGAAAUUCGGGCACGCAGUGAAAAAAUCAAUCAUCUACAAACCGCACUGCCAGAAGAUAACAGGGAGGAUAUCUCGUCACGCAUCGACAUGGCUGUCGGGUCAGGAGCUUUACUCCUUAAAGGAAAAUGCAAACAGUUCCGCGAGCUCUGUUUAAAAAAUAUCGCCGAGGCCGGCGCUGUGAAAGACAAGGAGUCUUCGGCCCAGUUUCCCACGACGGAAGCAGACCUGGAAGGUUUCUGGGACAUGAUUUCACUCCCAAUCCAGAAAGUUAUGGAGAGUUUCACAGCGAUUGAGCGUCUCAAAGAGAACGGCUGGCGGGAACCCGAAGAGAAUACGUCCGACACUAAGAAAACGACCAAAUCUGCCGUACAGAAGAAGAAGCCCCUUGCGUCGAAGAACGACGCGGUCGAAAGCAACAAGCAUAAUGAAGAAGCUCGCAGACGACUGAUGGAGUUCAAGAAAGCCAUCAAAAACCGGCAAGAGAGGGAACUCGCACCGAAAGACCCCCUCAUAAUCGAAUGAUAUCGUACCUAUCUUCCUACACACUCAUGCAUACAUAGAGGACGCGGGAUCUUUUCGAGCAAUUUCUGUAUUCCGCGGAAAUUUUUGAACCUGAAGCGCACGUUGCAGCCUAAUAGGCUGAAUCCUGAUCGUAAUCAGGAAUGUUCCCAUGAUUUCACCAUAAAUGCGGUCUUUCUGCUAGGAUUUGAUAUAAAAGAGGGAUUAUUUUACUCAA